AUGUUAUUGCCAGAAAGUAUUAAUUCCCAGAAUUUAGUUAAAAGAAUUGUGUAUUAUAGUUCUUAUGAUGAUUAUUCCGGUUGGUGGAAAUGGAGAUGGUUAUUAUGGUUAUUGUUAUUGAUUCCUAUUUUUCUUACCAUCUUUUUAAUAGCAAGAAGAGGAAGACAAAAUAAAGUGGUGGCUUAUAAUAAUCCUCCUGAUCCACAAGCAAAUGAGGCUUAUUACAAUAAUAAUCAAUAUCAAGGAGGGUAUAAUAAUGAUUUACCCCAACAAGCUACUCCAGGAUAUGGUACCACAAAUUAUCCUGAAACUUCACAGCCAGGAUAUAAUCUUCAACAACAACUGGGAGAUUAUAAUUCUGGUGAAAUUUCCAGACCGGAAGGUCCACCCCAGGCACAUACAAAAUCUUAUUAG